UCCUUUCCUAUAUAUUUUAAUUAUUUAGCCUUCAUCAAUUGGACUUAAAAAGGUUUAGCGAAUCUGUUAUACGACUGUCACAUAAUGCAGGAACUGAAGUGAGAACCUCUGCAUAGUUUGAUUUAGCAGCAAAGUAAAAAAUGGCCACAAAUGCUAGUGCAUGUCCGGCAGCCAUGAAGGCUACAUCAAAUGGGUUGUUCCAAGGGGAUAAUCCUCUUCAUUUUUCACUCCCUCUUGCCACCGUGCAGAUAUGUCUUGUAGUUGCACUCACACGUAUUCUUGCUUUUCUUUUGAGGCCACUGAGACAGCCUCGGGUGAUUGCAGAGAUUGUGGGUGGAAUAUUACUUGGCCCGUCAGCUCUAGGUCGCAACGAGGACUAUCUAAAUGCAGUUUUUCCAUCUAGAAGCCUCACAGUGUUGGAUACUUUAGCCAAUCUUGGUCUGCUCUUCUUUUUAUUUCUUGUAGGCCUAGAGUUAGACCCAAGGUCACUUCGUCGGACUGGAAAGAAAGCUUUAAGUGUAGCCAUGGCGGGAAUCAGCUUUCCCUUUGCAUUAGGAAUUGGAACAUCAUUUGUCCUCAAAGGAAGUAUUUCCAAAGGUGUAGAUGGACCCCCAUUUCUUGUAUUCAUGGGGGUCGCCCUUUCUAUUACUGCCUUCCCUGUCUUGGCCCGAAUUUUGGCUGAACUUAAGCUAUUAACCACUGAUGUUGGCCGAAUGGCCAUGUCAGCAGCAGCGGUCAAUGAUGUGGCUGCAUGGAUUCUACUUGCUCUUGCCAUUGCCCUCUCUGGUACUGACCGCUCUCCUCUUGUUUCAUUAUGGGUUUUCUUGUGUGGAGGUGGUUUUGUUCUGUGUUUGUCAUACAUUGUCCCUCCUAUCUUUAAAUGGAUGGCACAGCGUUGCCCUGAGGGUGAGCCAGUUGACGAGUUGUAUGUAUGUGCUACUUUAGCUGCAGUUUUGGCAGCGGGGUUUGUCACUGAUACUAUUGGAAUUCAUGCCCUCUUUGGUGCAUUUGUCAUUGGAGUUCUUGUCCCAAAGGAAGGGCCAUUUGCAGGUGCUCUUAUGGAAAAAGUUGAGGAUCUUGUUUCUGGUCUCUUCCUUCCAUUGUACUUUGUCUCAAGUGGAUUGAAAACCAAUAUAGCAACAAUUCGAGGAGUUCAGUCAUGGGGUCUUCUUGUUUUAGUCAUUAUUACAGCAUGUUUUGGGAAGAUUGUUGGUACUGUAGUUGUCUCCCUUCUUUGCAAAGUGCCUGUUCAGGAGGCUCUGGCUUUGGGGAUCUUGAUGAAUACUAAAGGCUUGGUGGAACUCAUUGUCCUCAACAUUGGCAAAGACAGAAAGGUAUUGAAUGAUCAAACAUUUGCUAUCAUGGUUCUGAUGGCUAUCUUCACAACCUUUAUUACGACACCUUUAGUUAUGGCAGUAUAUAAGCCAGCUAAAAGAAUGAUUAAGGUCUACUACAAGUAUAGAAAAAUUGAGAGAAAUGAUUCAAAUGUUCAACUUCGGAUUUUGGUCUGUUUCCACAGUACCACAAACAUUCCUGCAAUGAUUAAUCUCAUUGAGGCUUCACGAGGGACUGAAAAGAAGGAAGGACUUCGCGUAUAUGCAUUGCAUCUCGUGGAGCUAAGUGAGAGGCCAUCAGUAAUUAUGAUGGUCCAUAAGGCAAGAAAGAAUGGGCUACCCUUUUGGAAUAAGGGGUGGCAUUCAGACCACAAUCAAAUUGUUGUAGCUUUUGAGGCCUUCCGGCAGCUAAGCCGAGUGUCCAUUCGCCCAAUGACAGCAAUAUCUCCAAUGAUUAACAUCCACGAGGACAUAUGCACAAGUGCUGAGAGGGAAAGGGCAUCAAUAAUAAUUCUCCCAUUCCACAAGCAGCAGAGGUUUGAUGGUACAUUGGAGGUAACUCGAAAUGAUUACCGUUGGGUCAACCAGAGAGUUCUUGAGCAUGCACCAUGCUCUGUGGGGAUCUUGAUGGAUCGUGGACUUGGUGGAAGCACCCAUGUAUCCGCAAGGAAUGUUUGUUCAACCGUAACUGUCUUAUUCUUUGGGGGCGGUGAUGAUCGUGAAGCCCUUGCUUAUGGGGCUCGAAUGGCUGAACACCCUGGUAUUAGUCUAACAGUCAUUCACUUCAUAGCAAGCCCUGAGACUGCACAAGAGGUUGUUAAUGUUAAAGUUGAUAUUUGUGAAAACUCCAAUACUUCAGAAGGAUCUGGAGAUGAAAAGUUUCUUGUUGAAUUCAAACAAAAGUUUGUAAAGGACAGCUCAAUCAAAUUUGAAGAGAGGUUUGUGAGAAAUGUUGCAGAAACUAUUGAAGUCAUUUUAGAAUAUAGUCGAUCUGAUCUUUUUUUGGUUGGUAGAAUGCCUGAGGUUGCUACUUUGAUUGAGAAGAGUGAUUGCCUCGAUCUGGGACCAGUUGGUAGCUUGUUGACAUCUCCUGAUUUCUCUACAUCAGCAUCAGUCUUGGUGGUGCAACAGUAUCAUAGCCAGAGAGUUUCAACUUCAGGGCCUUCAAAGAGGGUAGAUAUGUUGCCUGAAGAAGAUUUGGAAUCUAAUAAUGUACAGCAAAAAACUAUUUUGUAACUUUUGCUGAUAAUUUUAGUAGUCCACAAUUUUCAGUUUAUACUUCUGAA